GCAGCUGCAGCAGGAGCAGCAGCAGCAGCAGGCACCCCAGCUCCGCUCGCUCGGCAGCAUCCAGCGUGGGGAUCCGCGCUCUGCCCCGGCUCCCUGACACGGGAUGGACGUUCCUGAGCACUGAGCUCAGCCGCUGUAAAAAGCAAGUAGGAAAAUAUACAUCUGGAUGAAAUUGAACAUGAUUAGAAGAUAGCACGAUACACCAUGAUCAUGGCCCCCCGGAAGAGGAAUCGUCAUGCCUUGGGGUUUCUUUGUUGUUUUGGAGGCAGCGACCUCCCUGAAAUCAACCUCAAGGACAAUAAUCCCCUCCAAUUCCUUGAGUUUUCUGUCCCAAUCCCACCAGCAGAAGAGCUCAAUGCCAGAUUCGCUGAACUUGUGGAUGAAUUGGAUCUCACAGACAAGAACAGAGAGGCUAUGUUUGCACUCCCUCCAGAGAAGAAAUGGCAGAUUUACUGCAGCAAAAAGAAGGAACAAGAAGAUCCCAAUAAGCUUGCUACCAGCUGGCCCGACUACUACAUUGACCGCAUCAAUUCCAUGGCAGCAAUGCAGACUCUGUAUGCUUUCGAUGAAGAAGAAACAGAAAUGAAAAAUAAAAUAGUUGAAGACUUGAAGACAGCUCUGCGGACGCAGCCCAUGAGGUUUGUGACCAGGUUUAUUGAGCUGGAUGGCCUGAGCUGUUUGCUGAACUUCCUGAAGAGCAUGGACUAUGAGACCUCGGAGAGUCGCAUCCACACAUCCGUUAUAGGGUGUAUCAAGGCACUGAUGAACAACUCCCAGGGACGGGCUCACGUCCUGGCCCAUCCUGAAAGUAUCAACAUCAUAUCCCAGAGCUUGCGGACUGAGAACAUUAAGACCAAGAUUGCUGUGCUGGAGAUCCUAGGGGCUGUCUGCUUGGUACCAGAUGGUCACAAAAAAGUCUUGCAAGCCAUGCUCCACUACCAAGUCUAUGCUGCAGAAAGGACAAGAUUCCAGUCGCUGUUAAAUGAGCUGGACCGAAGCAUGGGGCGAUACCGAGAUGAAGUAAACCUCAAAACAGCCAUCAUGUCCUUUAUCAAUGCUGUUCUGAAUGCAGGUGCUGGUGAGGACAAUUUGGAGUUCCGAUUGCACCUCCGAUAUGAAUUUCUAAUGCUGGGAAUUCAACCCGUCAUUGACAAGCUCAGAGGACAUGAGAAUGCCACGCUGGAUAGACAUUUAGAUUUCUUUGAGAUGGUCAGAAAUGAAGAUGACCUGGAGCUUGCCAAGAGGUUUGACCUGAUCCACAUUGAUACAAAAAGUGCCUCUCAGAUGUUUGAGUUGAUCAAGAAGAGAUUGAAGCACACAGACGCCUAUCCCUAUUUGUUAUCCAUCCUCCAGCACUGCUUGCAGAUGCCAUAUAAGAGGAAUGGAGGAAACUUCCAGCAGUGGCAGCUGUUGGACAGAAUACUCCAACAAAUUGUUCUACAGGAUGAACGAGGAGAUGAUCCAGAUAUAGCUCCAUUGGAAAACUUCAAUGUCAAAAAUAUCAUUAAAAUGCUGGUGAAUGAAAAUGAGGUCAAGCAGUGGAGGGAUCAGGCAGAGAAGUUCCGGAAAGACCAUGCAGAGCUGAUGAGCCGGCUAGAGAAGAAGGAGAGGGAAUGUGAAACAAAAACCCAGGAGAAGGAUGAAAUGAUGAAGACCCUGAACAAAAUGAAGGACAAGCUGCAGAAGGAAUCCUUGGAGCUGCGCCAGACCCGAGACCAGAUGAAUGAUCUGGUGGCUCAGCUUAAUGAGUUCUCGCAAGGGGGCAGCAUUUCCUUCCCACCCCCACCACCCCCUCCUCCAGGUGGCCCAUUAGCUUUGUCCUCUUCUCAUAUGUCUGAGAAUUUGCCACCACUGCCACCUCCUCUGCCUUUCUCCAGCUGUCCCCCACCUCCUGCUCCACCACCUCCACCAGGAGGACCUCCUCCUCCACCAGGAGCACCACCUUUCUUCAGCAUGGGGGUGCCACCCCCUUCCACAACCACCUUCAGCACCAGUGGCCCCAGUCUGAAGAAGAAAUCUAUCCCACAGCCUUCACAUCCACUGAAAUCCUUCAACUGGGCUAAGCUGAGUGAGGAGAGGAUCCAUGGCACGAUCUGGAAUGAGAUUGAUGAUUUAAAGGCAUUCAAGGUGCUGGAUCUAGAAGAUUUUGAAAAGAUGUUCUCUGCAUAUCAGAGGCACCAGGACCUGCUAACUAACCCCUCCUCCUGUAAGCAGAAAGAGAUGGGCUCAACAGAAGACCUCUACCUCUCCACACGAAAGGUGAAAGAGCUCUCUGUGAUUGAUGGCCGGAGGGCCCAGAAUUGUGUCAUUCUCCUUUCCAAGUUGAAGCUGUCUAAUGAAGAAAUCAGGCAAGCAAUCUUGAAGAUGGAUGAGCAAGAAGACCUAGCGAAAGAUAUGCUUGAGCAGCUACUGAAGUUUGUUCCUGAAAAGAGCGAUACUGACCUGUUGGAGGAGCACAAACACGAAAUCGAGCGCAUGGCCCGGGCGGAUCGUUUCCUCUUCGAAAUGAGCAGGAUUGACCACUACCAGCAGCGGCUGCAAGCAUUAUUCUUUAAGAAGAAGUUUCCAGAGAGGCUGGCAGAAGCAAAACCAAAAGUGGAAGCCAUUCUUCUGGCAUCCAAAGAACUCAUCCGAAGCAAGCGUUUGAGGCAACUCCUGGAGGUAGUUCUUGCCUUUGGGAAUUACAUGAACAAGGGCCAAAGGGGAAGCGCUUAUGGCUUCAAAGUCUCCAGCCUGAACAAAAUUGCGGACACCAAAUCCAGCAUAGACAGGAACAUUACACUCUUGCACUACCUAAUUAUGAUCUUUGAAAAGAAUUAUCCAGAUAUCCUAGAUAUCCAGUCUGAGUUGCAGCACCUUCCAGAAGCAGCAAAAGUCAACCUGGUAGAGCUGGAGAAGGAAGUCAACAACAUAAAGACUGGAUUGAAAGCUGUUGAAACUGAGCUGGAUUAUCAGAAGAGACGCAUGCGAGAAUCAGGGGACAGGUUUGUUCCUGUGAUGAGUGAUUUCAUCACUGUGGCCAGUUUCAGCUUCUCAGAGUUAGAAGACCUUCUCAACGAGGCUAGAGACAAGUAUGCCAAGGCACUGAAGCAUUUUGGAGAGACCGAGGGCAAGAUGCAGCCAGAUGAAUUUUUUGGCAUCUUCGACACUUUCUUACAGUCAUUUGCAGAGGCCAAGCAAGAUCUGGAGAAUAUGAGGAAGAAAAAGGAAGAGGAGGAGCGCAGGGCACGCAUGGAGGCCAUGCUAAAAGAACAGAGGGAGAAAGAGAGGCGACAAAAGAAAGCAAAAGCUGGAAGCAUCUCUGAAGAGAGUGGGGAGUUUGAUGACCUGGUGUCAGCAUUAAGGUCAGGUGAAGUCUUUGACAAAGACUUAUCCAAGCUCAAGCGUAACCGCAAGCGUUCGGGGAACCAAGGCUUAGAGACAAGCCGUGAGCGGGUGGUGACAAAGCUAAAUUAUUAACUACAAGAGGAAGAGAAAUAAUCAACCAAAAGAAGGUGUUGAAAAAGUGCAAAGCAAGGAAGAUGAAUGUGUGUGAUGGCGCCUGGCUGACAGCUGCCCCAAAGGCUUUGGUCUGUAGCUAGAGACGUUACCUUUCCAUGAUCAGCUUUCCUCUCACCCCUCUUCUGUGCUCCUAAUUUGAACCAUUAUAAAAGUGCCUCUGUGGAUCCAGCAGAGCCUGUGACUGGGCCAUGCAGAGCUGACAGAUCUGCUUCUGGGAGUUUGUUGUGUCAUCAAAGGCCUCAUGGUGAUGACAGAAAGUACUUGCGCCUUGCAGACAGCCUCACAGCUGGAACAAGAUAAUUUCUGUGUGCCAAAGAAAAAACUAGUCAUGAUCUCCAUCUUGCUGAUAACAAGGAAGACUAAUUUCAGACCAACUCUGUAAACAACUAUCACUUCUUCAGGAUCUAGACUGGCCUUCAGGGGUUUGUUGAGAUGUGGUUCUCAAGUUUCCAAUUCCCUUCUAGAACUGGAUUUUAUAAGCCAUUGAUUAGCACCUGAAAAAAGCAUUUUAGCUCAUGUCCUGUAUGGUAUUUUUGUGUGGCCUACACUGUACAAAGCAAGUGAAGCUUAGAAAGAAGUCUUCAGUUUCUGUAACAAAAUGAAAAUCAAGAAUCAGGAUCAAUAUACAAUAAUUUGAAGAGGUCUUUUGGAUUCUGCUUUGCUAGAAUGAGUUUUCUGGAAUUUCUUGGUGGUUGAGUCUCCAGGCUAUGAAAUGGAUCUUCUUGGAAAGAAACUCUGGCUUUCCUUUAGAAAACUAAGCCACUGCCAGGUUGGGAUUACAAGUAAAUGACUGUAGAGUCUUUUGUCAUUGCUGGAGGCUGGCAGAGAAUCAGUGGAAAAUUUCUUAUCUUUUUGUGCAAGAUUGGAAAUUGGGAGCUCCCUAGUAUCAUUCACAGGUCUCCAGUAGCAAACAGUGAACAGGUCCACUGCCUGCCAGAAGUGAGAUUUCUUUUCCACUUGAUGCUAGCUGUGAUUGUUGUUGGCAUGAACUGAUCUUUCUGUCUAACAGCCUGGCCACCACUGUACACACUCCACUCCUGCCGAGGGGAACCACGUCAUUAGAAAAGUAUGAAUGGUGUAAAGGAGAGCCUUGGAGCACACCGACUUUUUCAUUUUGAAGAAAUCACUUGGGAUGAACCAUGGGACAGCUCCAUAAUUAAAACUGAGAAUUUUUCGAGGAGGACACAGAAUUGUGUAAGCCAGUCAGGCUUUGGAGUUAACUUAAUUCAGAAGAAACAAAUACAUUUGUAGUUAAGUUACAUGAAUUAAAUAUAUAAGCAGAAAAGCAAAGUACCCAAGAAGAGGCUCGAAUUCUGUGUGUCUUCAUGGUUCUAGGAAAGGAAUUGGAUUGUGUGGGCUGUCAUGGCCUUUUUUUUUCACCUUUUUUUUCAAACUUGUCUUCUUUUUUAUUAUCUUCCCUGGGGAUGGAAAAGAGGAAAAGAAAAAAUGGUGAUGGAUUCUUCCUCCUAUACAGGAAGAAAAGAGAGAACAUUUGAGAAGAGGGACCCACCAUCUACAAAUUGCUGCAUUAGUCGAUAGCACAAAAUGUCAAGGAAUCCCAGGGAAGUUUAAUCAUUUGGUUUGAUCUGAAUGUCACUUAACCUCAGGCUCUGCACUGAGUCUGCAGAACAGAACUUCCUCUGCAAUGCACGCUGCCUGAUCAGUAUUACACACUACAAUGUUGGAGAAGCAAACUGUGAUGGUUUUCUGAACACUUUGAGAGUUAAAUAAUUAUGUAAACUAUUAAAAGCAAAAAAGAGAGUUGAGGGAAGAGAAGCAAAAAAGUCAGAAUUGUUAAACUCUGAUGUUUCAUUGUUUACUGGAUUUUGAGUCUCCCACCCCAGAAUUUCCCUAUUUAGGACAUUCCAGACUGCCGCGCCUCUGUAUAAUACUCAUCGUAAAGAGCUGGUAUCUUACAAGAGCUGGGUGCAUUCUCCUCCCUUACUAUCCCACUCCCCUUCUGGGAUUAGCUAUUAACAGCAAUGCCUAUUGCAGUGGACACAAGCACCUUGUAGAAGAAAGACUAUUUCAUAAAGGUUUUUGAAAGUUUAAGAAAAAAAAAUCUCACUUUUUUAAGCAUUUUUAUUUUAAAUUACAAAUGAAUUUUUAGAAAUGUCUCUUGUAAAUUAUAUUAACAAGCUCCUUGCUGCUCCCUGAAGUAGACUUGCUAUAUAUCCCAGCCCUUUUGUUUGUCUUGUUUUAAAGCAUGCCAUGUAACCUAUGCCAUGUAAGCCAUAUGAGAGGUGGUAAUAUGUGCCAAAUUGGUAUACAGUUGAGUUUAGAUUUGAAUAAUCCCUGAAUUCCAAAGAUUAUGCUUUUAGGCAUUAGAACAUUGUAGGGUUUUUUUCCUCCCUCUUUGUUCUCCCUGGGUUUAGGACUCACCCAGAACUUCACGUGUAGUGCCAAGGUCAGUUCUAGUGCAAGAUGAUGUGCAAGUACAGCUGCUUGCCUGCUCCCCAGGUACUUGUUUGAUAAGGCAGACUGUCAGCGUGGCAGCUGCCAGAGAAGAAACACCUCAGGGCAAACCCUUUGAAUAUAAAUACAGCAUUUCCCCUGCCCCAGUAUUUGUCAAACCAGGUUUGUGCUGUGCUGUCUGAAACUGAAGUCACUUUGCCAGGCACAAAUGUAGCAAAAGCAGAGAGAGUGAUAAAUCCUCUGUCCCUUUGUGUACACAGUUCAGCCCUGAUUUUUUAAAGAGCUUGUGCAUGAUGGUACGCAACAAUGCUCCAGCCACACUGGGAGUCAAAGAAAGCUGCUAUAGUUUUGCCACCUCUUUUACUCAUACAUUAAUAAUGAGAGAUUGUGCAACUCCUGUAAAUCAGCUGUGGGAUCCUUAAGGGGAUGGACAGAAAUUCAGAGUCAUGCCCUGAUUCAAUGCAGCUCAACUUUCUCAGCACUCCAGUGCCCCAGGCUCCCCAUUUUGAAUCAGCGAUGGUGGCCAAAAGUUUUGUUCAGUGUGCUGGACAGUCCCCCAGGCUCUUGACUCCAUGGUGAAAGUUCAUAAAGAAGGUUUUGGAAAAGCUCAGUUUCACACUGAGGCAAGCAGUGUUUUCAUGCAAGUGGUGACAAGCAGAGUGGCUCUUUAAAUUAUCAGUAUGAGAUGAGAUUACCCACACAGAAGAUAAGGAAAAAAUUGGCUCUGCUGUAGGGCAUCAGAUUCUUGCUGAAGUUUGUCCAUGUUCCUCAUCUCUUGGGUACUAUGGGUACAUAUAAUGCUCCCUUCUUCAGCAGUUGUAGUUGAGUUGCCAGGUGCUGAAGGAGAAAGGAAAAUCUUAUUCCUGGGUAGGUUUAGGAAGAGGUCUGAGGUCUAACAUCACUGAAGAAGCUGGAGAAGAGCUAGGGUCUGCUGUUGUCCUUGCACCUGUGCACAGAACCAGCAUUUUAAGAGAAGUCACUCUGUGGUUGGAAAUAAGUGGAGAAGAAGGAGA